AUGGACUCACGAGGAAAACCACCAUUGCACCUAGCGCAGCUUCUCGUCGGUCAAGAUCUUCUUACAGUACAUCGAUACUUCCCAGUUAUCGAUGAAAUGUCGGUCCUGCGCAAGUUUUGGUCGGCCUACGAUGUCACUAGCGACCCUGCACCUGCGAAACCCCAGUGGUUGAUCAUAAUAAAUCUCCUGUUCGCCAUCUAA